UGGUUGCUAGGGCCACGGAAUAAAUACCAGAAGCCUAGCAGAAGGGAGAUGGAGCCCCAGCUCCUGUUCCCCCUUCCCAACCCCUCCCCCUAGGCUGUCUGAGAUGUCACCUUCUACCUGAACACCAUCUCCCUGGUCUCAGUCAUUAACUCUGGUCCAUAAUUCCUGCUUGGUGCCAUCUCCUCCACGACUCACACGAGACUGCCAUCUGUCCUUCCUGGAAUUUCCAAGGUUCUCUGCUUUCCGCAGCCCUGAUGUCCGACUCUGACAGUGUCGCUGAGAUGCCUGGCCAGCCUCAGACUCCUAACCCUACUCCUUGUGUUAAUCAAGAACCACCGAACCCUGGGAUCACCAUUUCCCUCCUUGAAAUUGGAUCACUCCCCCCUUUCUGCUGGAGUUCCCUCCCAUCACCAAAGAAUAGUAUCCGUCCUCUAACAAGACCAAGGACGGUACAGAAAUUUAGCAAUCUCUUAAGAGACGUUAGAGAUGUUCUUAAAAGUAUAGCAGGCUUUGAAGAGCAGACUACAGAAGUCAGGGAGUCUUUUGACGAUGCCAGUACUUCCAAGGAUAUGUCAGAACUUAAAAUCAGAGGUGUUGAUAAGAGAAAUAAAAUGCGAUUUAAAGAUUUGAUCUUUAAUUUCGACGCAGAGAAAGAACAGAACACAAAGAAGCAGGAGACGAUAUGGAAUGACCAGAGAGCUAAGAACAUGAUGCAUGGGUAUGCAAGGGAUCUGUGCCAUUCUGAAGGAAAGAGAGGCUCUGAUGACAUGCAGCUGAGCAUGGAAAGAGGCCGGUACGGACCCCUUCUUCACCACUGUGGGAAGUACGGAAGAGUCAGGGGCAACAUGGAGCAGCUAUUGCAGGAAACAGAUCACUGGAGUACACAGCGUGACGAGCUCAGCGAUGUAACGAAGUCGUACCAGGGAUGCCAGAAAGAAAGGAGAGAAUCUUGUGAAAGCAAUCACGUCUCUUUCCAGACCCAGUCGGACGAGGAGGAGCCGUCCUCCAAGCAGGAGCUGGAGGCGCAGGUGAAGAAGUUGAGCCACGACACGCACUCGCUGCAUUUGAUCGCAGCCCUGCUGCAGAAUGAGUGCCAGAUCCUACAACAGAGGGUAGACAUCCUCAGAGAGUUCCAUCUCCACGAAUCGGGAUCCCCGCACGAGAGGCCGCUACUGCUGUACCAUGUGUACGACAGGAAAAGUCAGAAGUCAGCGGAAGCAGACAGGAUGGAAGGGAACAGACAGCCCGCGAGGGUAAUAGAGGGCGGGAUUCCUAGGAGAGAAAAGAUCUUGCGGGGCUGCGAUGUCUGUCUGAGUAAGAAGGCUCGGAAUAACCGCUUCAACACCCGCGUUGCAAGGAAAACUCUCUUGGUGAAAAGGAGACCCAUUAGCAGCAGCUUCCGGUAAGAAGCCAUCAGAAGCGGAGCCAACUUCAGUCAUAACUGUCGUCAACCUAGGGUAGAUCUUCUGUUUCAACCAAGGAAGAGGCGUAGAAUAAGAGGUGCACAUAUUACCUCAGCAGUUAGAGAAGUUUGGACCUUAACCAUUGUGUGAACGCCAACCAAGGGAAGAUUCAAAUAAAAACAACAACAAAAGGAAA